CACUACAGGUUUCGUACGUUUUUGCACAUAUAUUGCGAUAAGAUUAAUUUUUUUUUUUAUUCUUUUAGAAGUAGCAGUGAAGUCAAGAAAGUUAUCGUGUUAUAUAUUAAACAGCUCGUGCAUGUAAAAUACAUUCUGUUCUGAGUUGUUCUUCGAUUUUACGGCGGGUUUUGGUCGCAUUAUUGAAACGGAAAUGUAUCAAAUAGAUACGAGCCAAGUGCAAGCUCCGAAAAAUAUUAUCGUGGAUUGUGACGCUGGUAUAGACGACGCUUUGGCCCUGCUUCUUUUUCUUCCUCAUCACAAAGCAAAGACAAUUAAUAUUAAAGCUAUAACUUGUGUUAACGGCAAUACCGGUGUAAAUAAUGUCGUGAAGAAUGUUUUCAGAACGUUGCAAGUGUGUGAAGUUUCGGAUAUACCGGUUUAUCGAGGAGCGUACUCGUCUUUGUUAGAUACUCCAAAUGCCACGCAAACGGCAUCCGAGCAGUAUCACGGAACUGACGGAUUUGGAGACGCGUAUACCGACGAAACGGACACGAGUGAAUUACAAAAGGAACAUGCUGUAUACGCUCUACACAAGAUUACUUCGGAAAAUCCUAAUAAUGUUUCUGUGGUUUGCCUCGGUCCCUUGACGAACAUAGCGUUGACCAUAAAGAUGUACCCAGAAUUCUUAGACAAUGUGAAGGAGUUUUGGAUGAUGGGUGGAAAUCUAGCUGGAAAAGGAAACGUAACCGCACAAGCGGAAUUUAAUUUCUACGCGGAUCCGGAAAGCGUGCACGUAGUGCUCAACAGGAACGUUAAACCUCUGUGGCUUUUGCCGUGGGAAACUUGUUUAAAAUCCGAUAUUUCACAUGAGUGGCGAAAAGACGAAAUAGGUAAAAUAGAUCACCCUUUUGUCCGCAUGAUGAACCAAAUCGAGGACGCGAGACGCGCACGAACGAAGAAACGUUUCGCUAAUUAUAUAAUGUGCGACGCUUUUUUAGCCGCGAUCGUCUUGUUUCCUCAAGUUGCCAAAACGGUAGUCUCGUGGCACGCCGACAUCGAAUUGUUCGGCACGAAAACUCGGGGCCAAGUGGUUCUCGAUCAUCUGUUCACGAACAAACCAAAUGUGAAUUUAAUACAAGAGUUUUGUUCGGAAUCGUUUAAGAAGACGUUAAUUGACGCUGUGCGGUUACUGACAUCAUCGACUGUCAGUUUGUAAUUUUGCAAACCAGAGUCUAUCAGAUGUGUAUAAUAUUGAAAUUCACAACUAAAAAAUCAAUAAACGAUAUG